GGUGUAUGACGCAAAACAGUCGGUCGAUGCAGUUAACCGUCCACCAUCGGAAAAGCAAGGGAACAUUUACACAUAUCCCAGAUCUAAAAACGUAUCCACAAUACAUAUGCACAAUAGUGUAACGGAGUACAGCGGUUCUAAAGGAGAUUCAACAUGACAAGGGCCUUUGAAACCUGACCUGCUCUAGUCCAUCUUCUCUUUAGGUGCUAAAGAAGCACUCUUCAAACUUCAGGACCAUGUCAAGUAGUUACACUCCUGCCCCAGGGGGCCCUUUUUCAGCCCUCACACCCAGCAUGUGGCCUCAGGACAUCCUAGCCAAGUACUAUCAGAAAGACCCCAGUAUGGAUUCGGAACUACGAUACGAUGAAUUUGGGUUCCGGAUGGACAGUGAAGAUGGGGUGGAGACACGGAAAUGGCUGCAUGGUGAGGGAGCCCCUCAAAGAGAAGACCCUCAGCAAAGACUUCGCUGGCAAGCCCACUUGGAGUUCACCCACAACCACACUGUAGGAGACCUCACCUGGGACAAGAUCUCCCCCAACUUGCCCCGCUCAGACCGCCUUCGAUCACUUGUUCUGGGAGGCAUACCACACAGCAUGAGACCACAGUUGUGGAUGCGUUUGUCAGGGGCCCUGCAGAAAAAGAGAAUAUCAGAAAUAUCUUACAGAGAAAUCGUAAAGAACAGCUCUAAUGAUGACACCACAGCAGCCAAACAGAUAGAGAAGGAUCUUUUGCGGACCAUGCCCACAAAUGCAUGUUUCAGCACUUUGUCAAGUGUGGGAGUGCCCAAGCUCAAGCGGGUCCUGAGAGGGCUGGCAUGGCUUUACCCAGACAUUGGAUACUGUCAAGGCACAGGCAUGGUGGUGUCUUGCCUGUUGUUGUUCCUGGAGGAGGAGGAUGCUCUUUGGAUGAUGUGUGCUCUGAUAGAGGACAUACUGCCUCCCUCUUACUUCUCCUCCACUUUGCUGGGAGUGCAGACUGACCAGCGUGUGCUCAGACAGCUCAUAGUGCAGUACCUACCCCGCCUAGAUCAGCUGCUACAGGAGCACGACAUUGAGCUGUCUUUAAUCACACUGCACUGGUUCCUCACUGCCUUCGCCAGUGUGGUGGACAUCCGUAUCUUGCUGCGAAUCUGGGACCUGCUCUUCUAUGAGAGCUCUGUGGUAUUAUUUCAGGUCACACUGGGUAUGCUGAAGAUCAAGGAAGAUGAGCUGGUGUCAUCUGAGAACUCGGCAUCAAUCUUCAACACACUAUCAGACCUGCCCAGUCAGCUGGAGGAUGGGGCGGCAGUGCUGGGAGAGGCCAUGCGUCUGGCAGGAUCUCUGUCUCAGGAAAACCUGGAUGCACACAGACACAAGCAUCUAGCCUACAUCCUGGCAGAACAGGCCCAGCACAACUCCAACAACACCCAUUCCCUCAACAACUACAACAAGGUGGUGCGCAGACAGAGCCUGCGCAGGAAAUCCACCCUGAGCUCGCUGCUCUUCGGGGAGGACGAGGUUGAGGCGCUGAAGGCCAAAAACAUUAAACAAACAGAGUUGGUGGCGGCAUUAAGAGAAGCCAUCAGCCGCACUGCAGAGCACUUUCACUGCCUGGACCCCCGCAAUUGCAGCACUGAUUUGACUCCUGAUUACUCUAUGGAGAGUCAUCAAAGGGAUCAUGAGAACUUCCUGGUCGUAUCUCGGAAUCGUCGGAGAAGAGCCAAAGCCUUACUUGACUUUGAACGGCAUGACGAUGAUGAACUGGGUUUUCGGAAGAAUGAUAUCAUAACAAUCGUCUCACAGAAAGAUGAGCACUGCUGGGUGGGAGAGCUGAACGGCCUGAGAGGCUGGUUUCCUGCUAAAUUUGUGGAAAUCUUGGAUGAGCGAAGUAAAGAGUACUCUCUGGCUGGAGAUGACACUGUUACUGAGGCAGUGAAUGAUCUGGUUAGAGGGACAUUGUGUCCUGCACUCAAGGCUAUAUUUCAGCAUGGCUUGAAGAAGCCCUCCAUACUGGGUGGACCCUGUCACCCCUGGCUCUUCAUUGAGGAGGCAGCCAGCAGGGAAGUGGAGAGGGAUUUCAACUCUGUGUACUCCAGACUGGUGCUGUGCAAAACCUACAGGUUAGAUGAAGAUGGGAAGGUGCUCACACCUGAAGAACUGCUUUACAGAGCAGUGCAGUCUGUUAAUAUGAGCCACGAUGCUGCACAUGUUCAGAUGGACGUCAAAUUCCGCUCGCUCCUUUGUGUGGGGCUAAAUGAGCAAGUGUUGCACCUGUGGCUGGAGGUACUGUGUUCCAGUAUGAGUGCAGUGGAGAAAUGGUACCAUCCCUGGUCUUUCCUGCGUAGUCCUGGCUGGGUCCAGAUAAAGUGUGAACUCAGAGUUCUCUCAAAGUUUGCCUUCAGUCUCUCCCAAGACUGUGAGCUGCCUACCAAAAAAGAGAAGUCUCCCAUUCUGAAAUCAGAAGUGGUGGAUGUCUUGGUCCAACAUCACCUCUUUAGUUGGGACCUCUAGGAGAAAGAGCAGAGGCCUCUGAAGGAGGGUGUUCAGGACAUGUUGGUGAAACAUCACCUGUUCAGCUGGGAUAUCGACGGAUAAACCAUGACUCUCUCCCGUAGCCCGUGAGCCAAACAUAUAGCCAAACCACACUCUCCUGUAUAAACCAUAUGCAGGAAAACAGGACCAGAUACGAAAAUUCAUGUUUAUUUCACGUACAGCUUAAUAUCACGUUAAAAUUGUGCUUGUGUGUUUCCUCACAAUGUUUUCGAUUUGACUUACACCACAGAGGUGACACUGAACAAACAACUGUCUGUACAAAGGAGUCCCAUGCUUCCUGUGCCAAGAGUUUACUCAGUAUCAAACUACGGAAAGGGCCAUUGUGUGGUAUGCCUGCACGCACUUCCUUUUUCUCCUAGAAAGAUAAAUGUUGCACCAUUUUGGGCAUGAUUACAGUGAUCAUGAAAGAAUGUUUGAUUUGCACACUUUUGUUCAAUUACUCAAUGGCAGUUAGUGGGAAAGACUCCUGGAAUAAAAGAAACUGAUGCUUCAGAAGACUGUGUGAAUGAUCACCUUUCCCUUUGUUUAUAUUGGGCAUGUACAAUCGGAGAUUAAAUCACUACGUUUAGCCAAACAAACAUUUUCAAUAUCAAGCUUUGCUAUAUCAAACUAUUGAAACCUUUUUAAAGGAUUUUAAAAUAACUGAAUUAAUCUCUGCAGCCAUCUCCUUUUUUUAUAUUUUAGCGUGACUGUACAAAAACAAGAUAUAAUAAGAUCUCUUUCUCUCAUGUUUCCAAGCAGAACUCUCACUGCUUAAGUGUGUAGUUUGGACUGCAGUCAUUAAAAACACUUGAUUGAAUCUGCCUCCGUCGGAGCUUUGAAGGAUGUCAAUGAUUACUUGUUGGUGGUGUAAUAAUAAAUCGGCUUCGUGUCACAUAUUUUGCUAUUACUUAUGAACUGUUUAAAGUAUAAAGAAGCGAAAACUAGUAUUUACCUUUUUGAAAUGUAAAUUACAUGAAGGUAUCGUAAUGGCUGAGUCUUUAGCUGUGAGUUGCAUUGCAGUCUACACAAGUCAUAAUGGGUCACGUUGAACUGCAGGCUUUGCAACUCAGUCAGAAUGAUGUAGAAAGGCCUUCUGUGCCUCUUCUACAAGAACCUACUGUGGCACACGACAGAAAGGAUCCAUUUUCUAGUUCUUGUGAUUGGUUGACAUUGACCAAAAAAGUCUGUAUUGUUUUAGCGUGACUAACUCACAGGGCUUUUGAUCAUAUCCAUAUAUACUGAUUAUGUAUACGUAAAUAAAUCUCUAUAUCUGUAAAA